AUGGUGUACAUUCGCCAACAUCAGCUCCCCAACCUCAAGGCCUACCGCUAUUCAGGGCUCGAUCUCUCCCUGAUCAGCCGCUUUGUUCUCAAGCCAUUCUAUAAUAAUGUCAUCACUCUUACCGGUUUCCUCUUCGUGGUAAUCAACUUCUUCACCAUCUUGUGGUUUAACCCGACGCUGGACCAAGAUUGUCCUCCCUGGGUCUAUGCCAGUUGCGCCGUGGGGUUGUUCCUCUACCAGACGUUUGACGGCGUCGAUGGCAUCCAGGCGCGGAGAACCAAGCAAAGUGGUCCUCUCGGGGAACUCUUUGAUCACAGUGUCGAUGCAUGCAACACGGCCCUUGGCGUUUUGAUCUUCUGCGCAGCCAUGAACCUCGGCCAGUCCUGGUCGACCGUGCUGUCUCUGUUCGGAUCUACCAUGACGUUCUACGUCCAGACCUGGGACGAGUAUCACACCCAUGUGCUCACUCUGGGUAUCGUGUCCGGUCCCGUGGAAGGUGUUCUGACGCUCUGCACGGUCUUUGGGUUUACCGCUUACAUGGGCGGCGGUAGCUUCUGGCACCAGUCCAUGUUCGAGACCCUCGGAGUUCCGAAGCUUGGCGUCAUCCCGCAGGACGUGUACGACAUGACUUUCACCCAGUGGUUCAUAAUCUACGGUGCCGUCCUGUUGUUCUUUGCUACAGGGUCCAGUAUCGUGAAUGUCAUGCAGGCGCGGAGACAGCGUGGUCAGGACCCCAUCACGCCGCUCUACGGCCUCCUGCCUCUCGUUGCGACGUGGACCCUGGUGCCCGCCUAUCUCUACCUGCAGCCCGUCAUCCUCGAGAACUACCUGGUCCCUUUCUGCCUCUACGUCGGUCUGAUCAACGCGUACGCCGUCGGCCGCAUGAUCACCGCGCACUUGGUCAAGGCCGACUUUCCUUACUCCAAUGUCCUGCUUUUCCCGCUGGCAUUUGGCGUAUGCGACAGUCUGGCUCCCAUGCUUGGUCUGUGGUCGAGUGUCCUGGGCGAUGAGUCCCGGCAGGUGGCCUUUGUAUACCUGUGCUUGGGUCUGACUGUGGGUGUCUACGGAAGCUUCAUUCACGACAUCAUCACAACGAUAUGCGACUACAUUGACAUCUGGUGUUUGACGAUCAAGCACCCGCACCCCGAAGUGAUGGCGGCCAAUGGACACGCGAAGAAGGCACAGUAA